AUGGUGCUAUAUUAUACCCACGUCUUGCGGAAUAAAAAUACGAAGGAGCUCACCAUAUCCGCGAAUACGCCAUCCAUUGUUACUGUUUCUUGUGCUUUUGAGAAGCACUUAGAGGCAUGGGAGUCCAGCAAAAUAUGCCUCGAAAUCCAGGCAAUUUUGGAUAUGAUGGCAUUCCCCGCGAAUUUUACAAUUAAUAAAAUUGUUGCAUUUACAUGUGGUCGAAUUGCUGAGACUUUGGAAGACCGGUUAAGCCCUUGGGCAGAUAUUAUUAAGUGGCGGGUAUCGCAUCAGCACAGGUUGAUUUGUACAAUGCAAAAAGCUUUUAGCAAGCGGAUGGGCGCUCGAGGCACUCAGUGCUUUGCACAUGAUCCUGCAUACACCGCCAUUGAUUCCGAACAUCUCAAAAUGCACGGAAUCACCACAAUUACGAUCCUGAAGGCUUCCUUAUAA